AUGACGAAAAUAGUUGUGGCCAAUGAAAUAGAGGUGAUCGAGCGACUUACAACCGAAAUUUCGAAAUGCGCGAAACGAGCAAUUGUUGAAAGCGGCGUCUUUCGCGUUGGACUCUCAGGUGGUUCCGUGUUAAAUUUCCUAAGCAAAGCAAUUCCACGUAUUCAAACUGACUUGAGUAAAUGGAAAUUUUUCUUCUGUGACGAGCGAUAUGUUGACGAAACAGAUCCGGAAUCAACUUAUGGCACUUAUAAAAUUAAACUGGUGCCACAAACAGAACUACAGUUACAUCAAUUUGAACCAAUUAACGUGAAUUUGCCACUGGCAGAAUGCGCCGCUGACUAUGAGAAAAAAAUAAGAGCAGAGUUCGGUGCAAGCGUUGGUUCAAUACCUGAGUUUGAUUUGUUACUUCUGGGGAUGGGGCCUGAUGGUCAUACCUGCUCGUUAUUUCCCAAACACGCUCUACUCGAUGAGAAAACGCUAUUGAUAGCACCCAUUGCCGAUUCACCUAAACUGCCGCCACAGAGGGUCACGAUGACCUUGCCGCUUAUCAACAAUGCCAAGUGUUGUAUAUUUGCUAUGUGCGGUACAAGCAAAGCAGAAAUGGUUAAACGUGUGUUCGUUGAUCUGGAGAAUUUACCAGCUGGAAAAGUUUCGCCUAAAAAUGGUGAACUACUGCUCAUACUUGAUGCUGAAGCUGGCAAGUAUUUACAAAAAUAAAUCCACUUUCAAAGAUAUGGAAAUCAUAGGCUACAUCUGUACAUAUCUCCAUAAUUUCUGAAUAGUUUUUGGUGCUUUUAAUAUUAUUAAAUGUAAUAAAUAUUA